GCAUGAGAAAUGUCGUCCGCAGCGCCGUCCAUUGAGUCCUCAACCUAAGUAUAGAACUGGGGUAGAACGUAGAACAGGGACUACAUUCUACGGCAACGUAUAUGCGUUAUCAUCACAUCAUCAGUUAUCAUGCACGUGCGUGUAUCGUGAUCAAGAUAAAGGAUAAGAGCCAUGUAGAACAGCGAAGUUUAUACGAGGUUCUGCAUAAUUGAUCAUAAUGUCCUCGCAAGAAAUUAAAUACGACAAGGAACAUCCACGACUUUUGAUUCCUGAACUGUGUAAACAAUUUUACAAUUUGGGAUGGGUAACUGGUACAGGUGGUGGAAUAUCCAUUAAACAUGAAGGUAGAAUUUACAUUGCCCCAUCUAGUGUACAGAAAGAAAGAAUUUGUUCUGAUGAACUGUUUGUACAAGAUAUCAGUGGAAAUGACUUAGAAUUACCACCAAAGGAGAAAAAAUUAAAAAAGUCGCAAUGUACACCAUUAUUUAUGUGUGCCUACAUAAGAAGAAAUGCUGGAGCUGUAAUUCAUACGCAUUCCAAGUUCGCUGUAAUGGUGACAUUACACUGGCCCGGAAAAGAAUUUCGUGUAACAUAUCUUGAAAUGAUAAAAGGUAUAAGAAAUCAAAAAUUGGGAAGAGCGUAUCGCUAUGAUGAAGAAUUGGUGGUGCCAAUAAUAGAGAAUACGCCUUUUGAAGAAGAUUUAAAAGAUGAAUUGGAUAAGACUAUUCUUGCCUACCCAGAGACCUGUGCUGUAUUAGUAAGGAGGCAUGGUGUUUAUGUUUGGGGUGAUACGUGGCAGCAAGCGAAAACUAUGACUGAAUGUUAUGACUACCUAUUUGAUAUAGCACUACAGAUGAAACUAAAUGGAUUAGAUCCAACUGCAGCACCUUAAGUAUGAAAGGAAUAGGACUGUAAGUUAUUAA